UUUCCUUCUCCAUCGUAUUCCUAAAAGUUCAAAAAAAAAGGAAAAGAAAAAGAAAAACUAGAACCCCACGCGGAGCUUCUUCUCCGAGGACAAAACCCUAGCGGAGCGGCCCUACCCUCUCCGCCAUGGCCGCCGCCGCCGCCUCCUCAGGCGCCGGCGACGGCGGCGCCGAGGAGGGAGGCGGGGAGCGCGUGAAGCUGCUCUGCUGCCUCGGGGGGCGCAUCCUGCCCCGGCCCAGCGACGGCGCGCUCCGGUGCGUCGGCGGCGACACCCGCAUCGUCUCCGUCCUCCGCUCCGCGCCGCUCCCCGUCGUCCUCGCCAAGAUCGCCGACGCCUACGCCCCGCUCCCCGCCCCGCUCGCCAUGCGGUACCAGCUCCCCGACGAGGACCUCGACGCCCUCAUCUCCGUCUCCACCCCGGAGGAUCUCGAGAACAUGAUGGAGGAGUACGACAAGCUCGCCGCCGCCGCAUCCGGUCCCUCCCCCAAGCUCCGCGUCUUCCUCUUCCCCCUCCUCUACGACCCCGAUCCCGAUCCCGAUCCCGACCCCGAUCCCGAUCCCGAUCCCCACGGCGCCGAGCAGCGCUACCUCGACGCCGUCAACGGCAUCCGGAGGCGCGAGAGCGCCGCGAGCCUCUCGUCGUCGAUCCCCAACUCCGACGGCCCCCCGGCGCCCUCCACGAUCGACGGCCCCGCCGGCGGCGACGCCGGUGCGUCCCCCUCCAUCCUCUCCCCCGCCUCGAACGACACCUCGCAAUCGAUCUUCGGAGCGCCAGCGCCGCCGCCCUCCUCCUCUCUACCCGACAUCUCCGCGAUGAUCGGCUGCGGCGGCGGCGGCGGCGGCGGCUACGCCCACAUUGCGAACCCUAGUAGCUCCGAAUUGCACCAUUCCCAUAUUGUGAGCUUCCAAUCUGUGGGAAUUGCCAAUGUGCCUGGUGCGUCCCUGCCAAUCCCCACAAACCCCCAGAUUCCGCCCGCCGGAACCAGAGUGAAUCCCCUCUCCGAGGAAAACCCUAGCGAGGCGGCGGCGGCGGCGGCGGCGAAAGUGGUCGCUCAGCCUCCUGCGGAGACGAAGUACAGGCAGCCUCUCUCCCAGCUCCCGCCUUUGCCCCCUUCCUUGUUGAAUCCCCUAUAUGUCUGCGGUGUGAGAUUCGAGGAUUGCAACCUGUGCCUCAAGGCUUUGCCGCACGCGCAUUCCGACACCCUGAUCAAUGAUUACGCCGACCGGCGCACUGGCCCCGCGAGUGUUGCUCCGGAGCCGAGCCCGGUGUUCCACAGCCUCCGCCCUGAGGACGUGGCGAGGAUGAUGGCCCCUGAGAGACUAGUUACGCCCGCCGGAGCCGCCUUAGAUAGUAAUAGUAAAAUGGAGCCGCAUGGCGGAAAAGCGGGAGUAUUUUUUCCGCAAGGCGGAUUCUUUGCUCAAAAUGCGGAAAAUCCUCCGCCUGGUCCUACGGGUUUGCCCGCCAACUCACAAGGUACGAAUGCAGCUUUCGUCGAUCCUAUUGAUACUCCGCAGCAGGUGCUACUGAAUUUUGCACCACCUCACGUUCCGGUUAAGCAGCCUAUGGCUGAGAAAAAUAUGUUUCUUGCAGAUGGUAAUCCAAGUGGAAAUGGAAAUGAACCGCAGAAGCCCAGUGUAUUGCCUAAUAUUGAUAUUGGUGUCCCAAAUGAUCUAGGAACCGAGCAAUCACAGCCGAGAGUAGAGAAUAGUUAUGCGGCGAGACUUGAUGUUAGGGGGAAUGAGAUGCAUCACAGUAAUCCCUUCUUUAAUGUCGUUCCCGAGCAGAAACCGGAUAUGCUGAUUGAGCCAUUGAUUUCGCUCUCUCCGGUCACUACCCACUUGCAAAAUCUGCAACCUGUCAAUGCAAGCCACUUGCCGCACAUCAUAGGUAACAACGGACUUUACCAUUAUUACUACGAAACAGGAGCAGGAGCUGCUGGAAUCCCCAUGUCCAAUUAUGGUAUUGGCAUGGCCUAUGCUAGUAAUAACAUGAACACUAUAAGGGAGUGGAAAGAUGUGGCUCCUCAAAUCCACCAUGAGCAAGUUCUAAGUGAGAUAGCUGCCCCUCUUGGCGGUAAUGCUCAAUCAUCUUCGGCAACCGCUACUGCUGACAGUGGGAAUGUGGAACAACCUAAGGAGUCUUUAUUGCCUGACUCGCUUUUCCCCAGUGAGGAUCCUUGGAAAGUAUUAGAAAACACUCAUGCACUGCCACCUAAACCUAGGAAGGUGGCCGUCAAAGAGUCUGCAGGAACAAAGGAUGCAACUGUGCCAUCAAAUGAAGGUGAUUUUCACAAUAUAAAUAAUGUUUUGAGCAAGGAACCAUUUACGGAGCCCAUUCGACACAUCAGAGGAGAAGAGCAAGUUAAGCAAGAUAUGCAGGCCAUUGAACAAGGUUUAAUGGCAUCUGUUCUGCAGUUAUCUGAACCUCCACAGCCUGUUUCUGCUGCCCGCGAAGCAAAGGACUCUGUUGCUUUCUGCUAUGAAGGAAGUGGAGCUACCAAAAAUAAUUUAGAAAGAGAGAACAAGGGUGCUGAGGUCAUAAAUAGCUUACUGCCAGAGAAGAUUAAAAUUGCUAUUCCAAUAACAGAGGACAUUGGACGUCUUCAGAUAAUAAAGAACAGUGACAUCGAACAGUUGCAAGAACUGGGUUCUGGAACUUUUGGUACUGUGUUCCAUGGAAAAUGGAGGGGUUCUGAUGUUGCUAUAAAGAGAGUUAAUAACAGGUGCUUUGCUGGGAAGCCAUCAGAGCAGGAACGAAUGAUAUCUGAUUUUUGGAAUGAAGCCAGCAAACUUGCCGAUUUGCACCACCCAAAUGUUGUGGCAUUCUAUGGUGUUGUGCUGGAUGGACCUGGGGGAGACAUUGCUACGGUAACAGAAUACAUGGUUAAUGGUUCUCUUCGGCAUGCUUUACAGAAGACUGACAAGACACUUGAUCGACGUAAACGCUUAAUUAUUGCUAUGGAUGCCGCCUUUGGAAUGGAAUACUUGCAUAGCAAAAACAUUGUACACUUCGACUUGAAAAGUGAUAAUUUGCUCGUGAAUUUAAGGGACCCUCAGCGUCCAAUAUGCAAGGUUGGCGAUCUCGGUCUUUCAAGAGUGAAAUGCCAAACACUCAUCUCAGGCGGUGUUCGAGGAACUCUACCUUGGAUGGCUCCGGAGCUGCUUAAUGGCAGCAGCAAUCUUGUAUCCGAGAAGGUCGAUGUGUUCUCAUUUGGUAUUGUGCUGUGGGAGCUCCUAACCGGAGAAGAGCCAUACGCCGACUUACAUUAUGGGGUUAUUAUAGGUGGGAUUGUGAGCAACAAACUGCGUCCGCAAGUGCCUGAAUAUUGUGACCCGGAGUGGAGAUCGUUAAUGGAGCAAUGCUGGUCCACCGAGCCGUCAGAGAGGCCGAGCUUCACAGAGAUUGCUAGCAGGUUGCGUUCCAUGGCAGCUUCUCCUCAAAAAGGACAAUCGUAAAUCCAGCUUAGCCUUCUCACAGAGAGCCUCUCGUUACCAAAGGAAUCGUGUUCAUAGUUUUUUUUUUUGUUAAUAUUACUGUCAAUUGUUUCAUAUCUUUCGACUGUGGUUCGCUACCCAUGAACUGAAGUAUUAUCGCUGAGGGUGUGUUUCGUUUCAUUCAUUUGUUUAAACUGUCUGUGAAGGCCUAAUAAAGUAGUCGUGUAGUUUUCAGUAUCGAAGUGUCUAGUUUGGUUUGAUCUGGAGUCUGUUGAGUUUUCCUGGUGUAUUUGAAGAUACUUUCAGUUUUGACAUCGAUGAAUCUUGUGUAAAUCCAACUUUUUUGUUAUCGCAAGCUUUUGGAACUCUUGAGGCCA